AUGAGCCCUAUGGCGCGUUCAGAAAUAUUUAUGGAUGCUGUCGGUUCCAUGUAUGCGACAGAGCCUCCCCGCGGAGCUCUUGGAUUGUACGUGGUUCUUACCGAUCGAGCCCAUUACUACCCGUACCAGACAGAUCCUGAGUCACCCUCCGGUCCAAGGAGGUCACACCGCCUGAAGAGAAUUGGAAGGAUUACAAAAGACACCGGUAUUACAAUUAGGAUACUGAUGGACGGGUUUCACGGAUGUAUUGGAGAAGCUGUCACACGGUGGAAAGCUGGUGUACUAGCGAGCAUGGAAGCCAUGAAUUUCUGUCCGUGGAAGACUAUGGCGGAGGAGGAGAAUUUCUGGGCGUGUAUGGACGCCGGACCAAGCCCACAGUUGAUCAUGCUGCUUGAAAGCUCUGAGGGAAAUGAGACGCCGAUGGCGGCCAGGAUGUAUACCUCGACGCUCCCAGGAGAGCCAUUCCAUCCAGUUUUCGGAAGCCUCAACAGAUGCUAUGACCGUACUGCAUGGCUGCGGCGCUACACAACCUGGGCUGCCGAACACAAGAAGGAGACUACUUGUGGGCCAUCCUGUCUUUGCAGGAAGCACGAAGCGUACUUCAUUGCCAGCAAUGACGCUAGCUCAAGUCUUCAAGCUUUACACGCGCAAGUGCGUGCAAUCGAUGACCAGCUCGCGAUCUUUCGCGGCAAGGCCCUCAUAUCGCGCUUGAAUUCCCGCCUCCAGCUUGCGGCACUACCACUGCCACAUAUUUCCUAG